AUGGCCGCCGACCGCCCCCGCCCCCGCCCUCUCGCCCCCGACGACAUCCUCUUCCCCCCCCCGCCCUCCUCGCUGUCCGCCCUGCUCGGCUCCCUGCGCCGCUCGGCGCUCAGCACCCACAACCGGCUGGCGUCCAUCCUCGCCGACGCCGACUUCGUCCAGCGCGCCGCGUCGUCGCUGCGCCGCCCGCUCGUGGCCAACCAGCGCUGCGGCGCGUGGUACCUGCCGCCCGGCGCCGCCCGCGCCUCGGCCUACUUCAAGAGCACCGACGGCCACGAGCGCGCGUGGAAGUUCAGCACCCGCCGCCUGAACCUGCACCUGGUGGACCUGGCCGAGCAGCACGACGGCCUCAUCGUCGUCGACUCGACCCGCCGCGGGAAACGCAUGCCGGAUGCGCUCGCCGCCACCGUGCCCAUCUGGUGCGCCGUCCUCAACCAGGUCCUGCUGCCGGCGCACCCGCUCUCGGCGCAGCUCUUCCUGCCGCCGCACCUGCUCGCCACCACGCACGACCAGAUCGCCGCCCUGAUCCCGUCCUUUGUCGCCGCCCUCCGCGACCUCCGCCUGCCGUCCCUGCCCACCUCGCUGACCAAGCCGCUCCGCCCGCUGUGGAUCACCCCCUCCUCCGCGCUGCCCCCUUGCUCCCCUUCCUCCUCUGCCCCCAUCUUCCGCGACUACCGCCCCGUCAUUUGCCUCACGGCCUCGCGCCGCGUGCCCCACGGCGCCGACCCCCGCGACGGCUACGUCCAGGGCGCCGCCGACGACACCGAGAACUGGGCCCACGGCCUCACCCCCGCGCUCUUCUGGGCCCACGCCGACCUCCUCCUCCGCACCGACGAGCCCCUCCUGCCGGACCUGAUCGCCCGCCUCGUCCGGCAGGACCAGCUCGCCCGCCAGGAGCAAGCCCACGAUGCCGGCUCCAGGGUCCCGCUGGCCCCGUGCCUCAGCGUGUGCUGCCUGCCGCUCGCCGCGCCCGGCGGCAGCCCCGACGGCAGCCCCGACGGCUGCCCCGACGGCAGCGCAGCAGCAGACUGCCACGUCGCCUUGACGGCCGACGCGCCGACGCCGAGCGCCACGUGGGUCAAGUCCCGCAACUACAUGCAGGUGGCGCUGGGGAGGAGCAAGACGGCGAGCAGGAACCUGAGGCUCGCGCUGCCCGACAUCUGCCGCUUCGUGGCGGCCUUCUUUGAGCGGAGCGGAGGACCCCCCCCGGAGCAAUGCAGGCUGGUGGUGGCUUGCGACUCGGGACGAGACAUCUCGGUCGGCACCGCCCUCGCCCUUUUGUGCUAUCUGUUCGAUGAGCGGGGCGUGUUUCGCGCCCCGGAUGGAAACGCCGUCUUCACAAAGACGCUGGUCAAGACGAGGCUGGGCAGCAUCAUGACGGCCUAUCCCGCGGCCAACCCGAGCCGUCAGACCCUGCAGAGCGUCAACAGCUUCCUGAUGGACUGGACAAGAUAG